AUGUUCGCACUAGUAAAGUGGGUAAAUGGCGACGAUGACGGUAAAUUGAGUGUAAUUCCUACUGAGUGGAUUAAAGGAUUUAAUAUAGAGGAUUUUGAAGAAGAAGGCGACGAAGAUGAGCGCCAUUAUGUCGCAGAGUGGAGAAGAGGGAGUAAACGACCACGUGAAGGAUGGCAAGCUUUCGAUUGUGAAGUGGAGAAAGUGGGAGAAAGACAGUUGGAACUUGUUCAAAUGCGUGAUGCAAUGACAAGAGCAGAAGAGACUCCAGCUUUGAAAAGAAAGAAAUUUCAAAAUAGCAGAUAUGCUGAUGAAUCCAGCAGUGACACCAAAGACACUCAAGUGUGCCAGAACUCAAAGACUAAAGCAUCUGCAAAGCAACAAAGGUCUACUGAAAUUCUGAAUCAGCUGACUAAGAAACCGCAAACUAAUAAAGAGGAUGGAGAGGUACAACAACUUAAAACUAAAAUUCAAGAACUAGAACAGGAGAAUAAGAAGCUCAAGGAAAUGGUAGUUGGAGCUAUCCCUGUGAUAUUGGACAAAAUUGAGGAGCUAGGAAAGAGGGACAACUCUGGUCCUACUGACCACUCUAUUGACAGUGAGGCAAAUUGUCUUUGUGGAAGUCCACGGUAUGCUGCGUCUUCUGCAGGAUCAACUGUGUCCAUAUCCUCAAUUCCUCAAUCACAAGGAAAUGGAAGACAACUUGACAAGGUGGAAAUUCAUCCAGGAAGUGGAGUGUAUAUAGACCAGCUGGCUUGGACAAUAAAUAACAAAUAAGGCUACUUCCUACACUUCAUUUGUGAGAAAUGCUAUGCUCUCUGUGUUUGACAUUGAAACUUUAGUAAAAAGUAAUUUACGUGGUGGAAGUGGCAAACGACAGAAACAUGGGGAAAGAAGAGAGGCCUUGGAUCCCAACAAAGUGAAUGCCAUAUACGGUGAGUGUUUUUAAGAGUUAUUAAUUAAAUGCUUUUAAACCUUCUUUUUGUAGAUGUCCAUAAUUUUUCUUCCAUAGAGCCUAUUUUCACUUAAAAAUAGUUUUGAAUUCAAUAUGUUUGUUAUUAUGUAUGUAUUUCUUAGCAGACAUCCUUAUCCAGGGCAACUUACAAUUGUUACAAUUAUAUCACAUUA